AGAGUCUCGGGUUUUUUAUUUUAGUAGGUCAUGACCGUCGUAAAUCUAAAUCUUCAAGUGCAAAAUCAGCCCCAGUAGUCGUGGUUGAUGAAGAAGUGUGUCAUUUUUUCAGGAGCAGGAGCUUCUACUUGUUUUGAUCAGAUCGAGUUGUACCAGACGCACGACAUCGACAGCAGCGAAAAUGAAAACCGUGUUGCGCCGAGGAACAGCGAGGGAGGUGCAAUCUCGUCGGGGGAGAACCACUACCACGACGCUUGUGCUGCGACAACACAACCACCUAAAUGCGACAGCGACGGGGAAGAACUUGUCCGAAACUUCUUGUUCGCCGUGCUGGGCGUUUUUCCCCUGCGAUAAUUUGUCGAGAAGCGGUUGCGCCGUCGUGUCGGAGACAACAAGGCGAAGUUGUAGCGGCCACAGGAACUUCUGCAGUGUCGCGGCUGCUGCAGACGAGGCACGACUUCUACAUCAGCAGGCCGGAGCGGAUUUAACAGGAGCACCAGAGACAAGAACUGGUCCUUCAAGAGUGGAUACAACUAAGACGGAAUCUACACGGGCUGGGUCAAGCAAUUUCAGUAGCCCAGCACCAGGCCGACAAGGUGAGACGACGAGGCACGAGGACCACUCGGAGACAGCAGCAUCGCCAGCUGAUGGAGAGGAUGCAGUUGCUGGCGCAUCGACCGCAAAUGCUGGUCGGAUUCGGACCUCCUCAUCGUUUUUAUCUUCUAGCUCUACUGGUAGUACGCCUUCCUCUGGUAGUAGUUGUCUUCCAGAUGUUGAAAUAAACCGCACUGCGUCCUCUGCGGCCUUCGCCAGCGGCGUGCUUCCAGAGCAUGGAAAUCAUCGAGCGGCCCGUCCUGAUUCGAGACCCGCGGAACCGCUAUAUUAUCGCGCACCAGACGGCGUCGAUGGAGCCACGUCACAAUCCACGACGGUUGGGACGCGUUCCUCUGCUCCCGAGGAUGUCGUUGUCGAGGGGACUUUUGUCAGCACGCCUGCUCCCGGCGGAGUGGAAGAACCCGGAAAACAGCCGCUCUCGUCGGAAAACCUCGCAGCUCCGAAUACAACUAGUACAGCUGGUAAGCCGCCCAAGACCACCACCUCCCCCAGCUCGCACUACGCCCAACCAAAAAGAAAGACCAUCCUGCGCCCCCCGCAGCCCGUGACCAAAGACACCUGGGACGUGGUGAAGGAUGAUCUUAUCGAAGCCAUCAAAGAGGCCGAGUUCGUCGCUUUCGACCUGGAACUCACCGGGUUGCACCGCCACGCCACCCGCUUCAUCGGCGUGGACAAGUGUUACGAAGCGCACGCGCGGGGCGCCAACCACUACGUGCCCGUGCAGAUGGGUUUGUGCUUGGCCCGGAGGGUCCAGGUGUACAACGAUCACGAUCCUGGUGUUGCGCCGUCCUCCCCUUCAUCACCGCGCACUAGUCGCACCGUGUGGCAACUGACGCCGGCGUCGGUUUACCUGUUUCCCGACGGACAGCUGGCUUCGUCCUCGUCAGCCUCUAACGAUGGGCAAAACCGGAACAUUUUGAUGUCAGCGGCGACCGUAAAGUUCCUGUCAGACAACGGGUUCAGCUUCGACACCUGGGGUAUCGCACGAACGAAAAUAAACAGUCACAAUGCCUUCACUGCGAGCCUGUGAACCUGAAGAUGCAGAGGAUUGUAGGUCAGCACAUCAUCGCGCCAUCUCGAUCUGUUUGUCUUGCUGAAUGUGCGAAAAGUAAAAGCCAUUUUGGUCGCGUGUUUUAGUGAUUCCCUUUCCCUUGAAAGCGUGCGUGGCUGGUGCUGGUCUUGUAGGAAAUAUUUUUGAUGAAAGCCUCGCAAGGUAAGUGAUCCUCGGCCACAGUGAAAAAUAAAAAAAAACUGUUUUUUCCUGCGAUAACAGUGAAGAAGGGUUUGUCUUGGCUCAAGCCGGAAGACGAAAGCCGAGAGGUGGCCGCGGUAAAGGCACGCAUGGACGAGAUUUACACCCUCCAGAAGGCCUCUAGCUGUAAGAGUCCAGGAGCUGCAGGCUCUAGUACCUCUUCGUCACAACACCCCACUUCCGCACACCAGCACAAGAUCUCCGUUCCAGAGGGCCCGGACAAAGAAGUAGUGGAGAAAGUCUUGGGCCAGAUUCGAGAAUGGGUACUACUACCUUGUGUUGUAGUACUUACUACGUGCGGUUGCGUAUGUAGUUGUACAACUACCGACAAUAAACUCGUCCGUAUCCUAUCAUGAUGAAAGAGAUAAUGGCGAAGGCGAUGCAAAAUCCACCGUGCCCUUUGCUGCUCUUCCAGCAAGCAUAGCAGCAUCUGUAGGAGUCUGCCCUCUUGCUGUGUCUGCACGACCCCAUAGAUGAUCUUCGGGUGCCUGCAGCUCUGGCACCACCAGGCUCCGCAUGAUCAAACGUCGUACAAAGUGAAAGUACAUCUACCACAUGCACAUAAAUUUGUUUUUGUCCCCACCAGAAAACUCACUUCUAAUCAGCUCGCCCAACAAGAUCGGGUAGAACAAGCUUUCGACGAAGAGACGAGCGACACCGCAGGAGCAGAAAGUCGCCUUUCUCCACUGCAGCAACACGAAGUUACGAGCACCCUCCCGGCCGGCUCGUCGAGCUCUAACAUGCUUCAGAUUCCGAUGGAAAACGCAUUUCAGCGUUUGCUCCUGCACACAAUCAUCGCUCAGGAAUUUCCGCAGCUCUUUUCGCAAAGCACGCGCAACGAAAACGGGAGGUUUCUUUCUGUGUACACUACGCAACACAAAUUCAUCCGAUUCCUGAAAGAGAAAAAUGCCGUUCACGUGCGAAUCCAAAGUAAGGCUGCAAGAAAGGGUAUCUUCACAACGUGAAAGUUUUCGCCUCAGAAACGACAACGACCCGACCGUCGAAUACUAUCAUAAUAAUGCGGCUUAUCGAGGAACUAAGAUGGUUGCCUUGUCAUGAUUUGAUGAUUGUGAUGCAAAAAAAAAAAAUGGUGCCACCAUGUCAACUUGUAUGGGCGCACAUCAUCCUGUACGGUACUAAAGUAGAAUCGGUUUUUUUCCUUAUCUAUGCAAUGCAAAAGUAUCAUACUCGUACUAAUUGCAGUUAUGCGUUACAAAUUUCUUUUUCAAGCUAAAUCAGCAUGACAAAUUCCAUUUGUUAUGCUGAGCUAAAAAUUUGUAUUGCAAUACUACGAGUACGAUACUUUUGCAGUGCAUAUUUCCUGUGGAUAGAGCAAAACCAGGUGAAUAUGUUUGAAGGGCAGUUGAAGCACUUGGAGCAGGAGAUACGAGACUGCACAAGAACUCCUUUUGCUUCCCCUCAUUAGAAGGGACGAACAGGAACAACAGGGACGAGGUCAGAAACGUAUUUAGCUCCUGCAAGAAGUUGAAGUAGACAAAACUUUAGUAUGCUGUUUCGACUAUGAUCCUGCUCGUCCCCCGUAUCUGAAGUUAUGUUGUUGCAUUCGAAGCGAGGAGAGGGAAAAGGAGUUCUUGCGCACUCUCAUAGAAAAUCGAGGCGAUUCAGAAGAAGCGCGGCGUUAGGGAGCUAUUGGACACGAUUGUGGAGAGCAAGAAGCUCCUGGUCGGCCACAACUGUUUCUACGACAUCUGUCACCUCUACCAGGCCUUUUUCGGCGACCUUCCACUCUCGGCGCAGGCAGCAGGCGGGGGGUCGUCCUCGUCGGGUGCAGUUGGUGGCUUUACGUUCGACGACAUGAGCAUCUCUUCCUCCGCCCCGUUACACAAUGCGCACGAUCCGCUGAACUUGAUGCACACAACGACGACGACAACGACGACCAGCGGCAGUUCCGCGGCUCGAGACCUGCAUCCUGAUGUUCCUGAGCCAGGAGAUCAGAAUGGUGACCUUUUGGCGCAGAAAGGAACAGCACAUGAUCCUCCACAGGCGCCGACCAGUCAACGCGAGCAGCCAAAAUCAUCCCUUCCUCCAGUGGCGGAGUUCAAGAAGCUUUGGCUGGCCAAAUUCCCGAAAACGUUAGACACGAAGUACAUGUCUGAUAGCCACGACUUGUUGGCGCUCCUGUCCCCGCCGUCCAGUUUGAAGGAGCUGUGCGAUUUCAUGGUCAGCAGCAGCAACUACAGCAGCAUGGCCCGGGAGAUCAAAGAACAGAACGCGGCUGCGCAGCAGAAGUCGCUGCAUAGUAGUGGUCGUGGUUGUAAUUCCGACAUGGUUCUCCAAGGUGGAUCUUCUACAGCUUCAAGUACACAUAGCCGCGACGGCGCACCGGAACAACAAGAAGUAUCGGCGACAGAGCAAGAAGCUGGCGGUGAACUACCGGCGGCGCUCCGAUCUCCCGCCGAGUCAAGGUUACCAAAAAGUCCUCGCCAUUUUGUCGACGCAGGAAUGCGGUUCACCGUCUAUGGAAAUGAUCGCACAUCAUCGAUCUCCAUCUGUUCCUGCUUCUCAGUUGUACCUACUAGUUCACACGCAACCCAAAAAGCGCGCGUUUUUAUGCAUGUUCAAUCAUAGAUUUUUCUUUUUGUACGCUUGUUCUCACAGACCACUCUAGUGCUACUGUUUGUGUAUUUCGGAAUAAAAAUGAUGGCAGCCAGAGCCAUUUCCGCCAACAACAGUGAGAAAGCACUGUGGAGGGUGGGCAAUUAAUCGGGUGGCCGCUUCUUGCGCCAAAAAAAGAAAAGAGCAGGCGGGCGAGGAGGUUCGUGUAGAAGUGCUCCCCACUCAUACCGUCACGCCUGUCAGCACGGGUGCGCAACAUGUUGGCAGAACGGGAGAUCCCGCAUCGGCGGAGGAGGAAGUGGACGUCGUCGAAAACUACCGAUUUCCACCCCAUUUUCAAAGGUUCAUGGAAGACAGUGCGAGCAUCGCCGCUUUUACAACUACCACUCGAAAUAAUAGUAGAACUGUGUCGAAGGCGAUAAAGCCAGGAGAAGGCCUCGACGCUGCACUUGCAGCUUCCGAAGUGGAUUCGAGUCCGCGAAAGGACGAGCAGCAGCGAAGAAGUUGUACCCACGACGACAGGCACGACUGGGGGCCCAGGGCGGGAAAAAUGCCCAACAACCAGGCUGAUGCCGUCCACGACCAAAUCCAGGCCCAGCAGUCCUUCUCCUUGUCCCCACCGUCGUCCAUCAGCUACUUGGGGGAAUUUGCCCACGAUGCCGGCUACGAUUCCCUUCUGACGGCCCUGACGUUUUUGUUUCAAGCGAGUUACAUUCUGGAGAAGAAGCAGCUGCAGUGGACGGACGUGGCGCACGUGGAAAACUUGUUCCAGUUGAGCCUGAACAAAAUUCGCCUGGUGCGCUAUCCUCGGUUGAAACGUACCUCCCGAGACCUACCCACGGCGCGCAGAGCUCUAUAAAUAAAAAUAUUGUCCACAGAUUUUGCAUUCAGCAGGAAGUCGUGCCUUAUGCGGCUCCCCGAGAAACAAGUGGAUUUCUGAUGCACUGCUGUGCGACUAGCUAGUGAAGCUACCCAAACCCAGCACGACGAAGCCUCUGCGGAAUAUCCCGCCAACUUGUCGUCCGCAACAGCCAAAACCUGGAGCAGGUCUUGAGGUCCUGUAUAGCAGAAUGUAAGAGAGUAGAAGAUACUCUUUCUCCUCCAAUAUUAAAUGAUAGUGAUUUGGUUGAGGACUUUUGCUCUGCUGUGGUAGUUUGGGCGUCGUUUUUUUGCGGGAUACGCGCACACAACCCAACGUGAUCGACCUGUCCGCGGUCCAUGCGGAAAGCGUUGCGUCGCAGAGUCUCGCGAAGCGCCAUUUCUUCAUGGCGAAUUACCCCAAGGAGUGGCAAAAGUAAGACGUUCUUGAGUUCUACUUUCCGUGGUCACUGUGGUCGCGGCUGCGCAAGAUACUGAUUAUAUUUCUUGUGCAAGAAGAGCAUCGUGUUGUUUGCAUUUAUGGAUAACUACUGAUUGCUUAUUGCCGAUCAUGAUUAUGUUGUCGAUUCCCAACCCCAUGGUGUCGGUGUCCCUCCAGGCCACCUGGCGUUCAUGGUUGUUGACCGAUAUUCUUCCAAAAAAAUGCUUAUGCUGGUGAACAACUUGUCACUGUCAGAAAUAAUUGCAAUACACUUAGAUGGGAAAUCGUCCGCGUGUGGAGCCCAGUGGCGGUGUCCGUGGCCCCUGUAAACGAGAUAUCCAAGCAAAAAUCAGUCGUGUAGUAGGAUGUGCCUCAGUAUUCACCCUAAAUUUUCGCGUUGCGACGUUCUCAACACUCUACGAAGCGAUGACGUAGAGGCCGAGUGACAUGAUGAUCUAUAAAUAGAGGACAUGGUAGAUCAUGAAAGAUGCUCCCUGAGGAUGGGCGGGCUUCAACACAAAAGUUUGUCGGAGCGUAAUGCUACUUUUCCUGUGAACGUGAAGAAGAUAAGUUCUGACCAAUGAGACUACAAGUACAACAUCGAUUUUUUGCGUGCAUACCAAAAUUCGUGCUGGAUUAUCACCCGUACAGACGAGGACGCGGAGAACAUUUUGAUGAUUUGGAACAUCCUGAAGCAAAACACGAAAAAAUUCGAUUUGUACACCUACGAACAGUACCUCCAUGCGCAGAGAAACAGGGCAGCCGCGGUGGGACGUGUUGCUGGAUGUGCCGCCGGUGGAGGUGGAGACGCAGCGGCUAUGAGUCCUCGUGGUGCGUGACGAGUAUCAGUAUGUUCAUAGGGUAACUGGAGAAAGCCGACUUAUUGUUGCCAUUUCUCACGCGAAAUUUAUCAGCAGGAGACGCUGCCUGCGUAGGCAUAAUGCAGCUAGCGUUCUUGUGCGUAAAGUCAGAGAUAAUAUUUUGUGUCAUCAAUGAUGAAAGGGCGUCGAAACACAAACAUGGGCACAAGAAUCUGAAGCAAAUCCGACGACGUAAAUGAAAACAUGGCAGCAUGAUGAAUCAAAGCGGCCGGAUAGGCGGCGAAUUGUAAUUGUGCUUGUGUCCCCGACGAGCCGCGAUAAUUUAGAAACAAACAUACUUCGGACAGGAACAGGUACAGAAACGAUGAAACUCGCAACUGCCACUGUAGUUGAUCUUCGAU